CCUAGGCCUAAACUCCUUUCUUGAAGAGUUCUACUGUUGCAGCAAUGGCGACGACACAAACUGAAAAGCCUUCGAAACCGGCUACACAGUCGGAAAAGGGUGACAAUGCAUUCAUCAAAGCCUAUUUGGUCGCAUACAAUGUCAGUCAAAUGCUUGGGUGGUCUGCCUUGAUGGUGAUUAUGGUGAGCCAUUUCAUCUCUGAAAAAUCAUACAUGAAUAUCUAUCCCAAGAUCGAAGGCUUGCUACAAAUAUGCCAGACUGCUGCUGUGCUUGAGAUCCUCCACAGCAUGACGGGCAUCGUGCGGUCCAACUGGGUCCUGACGGCUUUCCAGGUGUAUUCCCGGGUCUUCCUCAUCUGGGGGGUCAUCUGGAGCGUUCCUGGGACCCAAGGUGGGUACCCAGUGACCAUGUGGAUGAUGGCGUGGACGGUGACGGAGAUCAUCCGCUACUCCUUCUACUUCUUCAGCCUGAUGCCAGGACCCGUGCCCUACUUCCUGGUGUGGUGCAGGUACACUUUCUUCAUUGUACUCUACCCCAUCGGAGUCACGGUGAUGUUCCCCCAGCUCUACCUCCACAUGUUCAGCCAGAGGAAGAAGAUCAUCGGAGGACGAGACUCCUCCUCCUCCCAUCAGAAGAAGGUCAACUAG